AUGGAAGAAGAAGUAGCCCACAGCUACUUAAAUGAGCUCGUGAGCAGAAGUCUAGUAGAGAUGGCUAUCAAAACAAUCGAUGGAAGGAUCGAGUAUUGCCGUGUCCAUGAUUUUCUGCUGGAUAUUAUUACUUCAAAGUCGAGCACCCAAGGCUUUGCAGAAAUAGCCAUAGAAAAACAUCAUAAAUGGCCUGACAAAGUUCGUCGCCUAUCUAUACAGAACAGCCUGCAAUCUAUCCAGCAGAAAAGGUCAUUGUCUCAACUCCGUUCUUUAUACAUGUUUGGGGUAGAGAGAUCUUACACGGAUGCUGUUCUAGGUAGUGAAAUGAGAUUGCUCACUGUUGUGGACUUGCAAACUCCUUCUUUGACAAGGUUCCCAGCUCAAUUUGCCGAGUGGUGCUUCCUAAGAUAUCUAAGUUUCAGGGGUAGCAAGGUGAGAGCUGUUCCAAAUUCCGUAGGGAAGCUUCAAAACCUAGAGACCCUAGACCUUAAAAAUACACAUGUCACAGAAUUGCCAGUCUUUAUCUUGAAGCUCCAACGACUUCGCCAUCUAAUCAUGUUACAUCAUAGAAAAGCACCUUACCCAUGGUUUAGGUAUGGCUUCAAGUUCCUAGAAGAAAUGGUGGCUCUACAGUUCCUGCAAAAGCUCUACUACAUAGAAGCUGGUGACAAGAGAAACAGCAGCUUAAUGAGAGAGCUUGGAAAGUUGAAACAAUUGAGUAAGUUAGCCAUCUUGAAGUUGAGAAAAGAACAUGGAAGGGAAUUGUGCUUAUCGAUUGAAAAAUUAACCAAGCUUCAAUCAAUAUCUCUAACUUCAGUCAACGAAAAUGAGAUUAUUGAUCUACAACCCCUCUCUUCUCCACCUCCAUUUCUCCGGAGAAUAAACUUGGCAGGAUGUCUGGACGCAUUACCACAUUGGAUAUCAUCUCUUGAUAGCCUGAUGGUAUUGGAGCUGCGAUAUAGUCGGCUAAAGGAUAAUCCACUGUCAUCUCUUGGGAAUUUGCCUAAUCUUGUGUGUCUCGAGUUGGUUCAGGCUUAUGAAGGAACCAAGUUGCGUUUCAACGCCAACAACUUCAUGAAGCUACGGAUUCUGGUCCUUGGUCCGUUUGAAAGACUCGAGCGUGUGGAAGUGGAGAAAGGAUCAAUGCCUUGUCUUGAGGAUUUGACUAUGGAGAGUUGUAAGCUAAUGGAGAAGCUUCCAUCCGGUAUUGACCACCUGGAAAAGCUGGAAGUGCUGAAGUUUAUUGACAUGCCUGAUGAGUUAGUGAAGAAACUUAGGCGGGAUGGACAAGAUGAUGAUUACCUGAAAGUGGCCCAUGUUCCAGAAGUAUAUUAUGGUUACCGGAGAGAUGGGGGAUGGCACGUCGUGCUCACCAAAGCAUUUGUAUGA